GUUAUGUGUAAAACAGUGUACUCUUUGACAACACUCGAUGAUCGGACAAAUGGAUCACAGAAAACAGCAUGUGCCUCAGCUUAGCAAUGCAAUGCAGCUGAAUAUAAUGAACUUGGUAAAGUCUGGGAAAAUGAGUAUUGAUGAAGCUCUGAAUCAGGCGAGAAGCGGCAAAAUUCACAAACAGAAGAACUUUGAGAUCGAGGAAAAAGAACCAUCGCAGUAUAACUUCAGUGUCCGCAAGUUCAACCGCUACCUAUGGCAGAAACGAGUUUUGCAGAUUGAUUUCAGCACAAGACUGUUGUGCAGCAUCGAGAAAGGCAUCGUCAAGCGGCAGCUCCUUUUUUCUGAUGUAAAAAACUGCCAUGAUGCUCCAGGUACCAGGUUCUCCAUUGCCUUUAGAGGUCGACCUGACUAUGAGCUGGAAGCUGCGUCUUUGGAGGACAAGCAGAAGAUCACGCAGUUGGUGAAUCAGAUCAUCUACAAUAACAUAUACAGCCCGCCUGUGAAUGGCACUGUGGAUGUAGAAACCUCAAACUUACCUCCAGACAACGUCAAAGAGGGUCACCUUUUACUGCAGAGGGGAGGACUGGCGUCAUUCAAAUGGAAGAAAUACGAAGCUCAUCUUCAGACCGGUCAGCUGACCUUGUAUCCCAUCGCUCAUCAACCUGCCAGCAGUAAUGCCGACAUCUCCAGCGAGUACCUCUGGCAAAUCUCAGACAUUUACGACAGUGUGGAGGGUAUCAGGUGUGCUGGGGGUGAGGUGACGGCUCUUAUCAUCCAUCUCUCAGAUGGUAACGUCAGAGUGGACACCCCCUGCACUAUUGACACCUUCAUGCUGCGCAACGACAAGAAUGACUUCCUGUUUCGGAUCCCAAAAAGCGAGCACAUGACCCCAGAGACCUUAACGAAUGAGCGAGAUUCCUGGAUGAAAGCCAUCAGAGAACUGUGCGUGGACUGGAAACGAAAAUCACAAUAUGAAGACUUCUACGAAGCCCCUGACAGUGAUUUGAUCAAUGUAACCGAGCCAGAAAGUAAGACUCAGAACAACCACGAGCCUCCACCGGUGCCACCUUCACAGAGACCACGAUUACCCAGAACACCCACAGCUCUGCACCCAGCCCUCCCAACAACACCAGAGCCACUGGAAGCACUGGAGGCACCAAAACCACCCCGAAAGCCAAACCGCUCCACAUUCUGCAGAUCUGUAGCACUGCCCCCAACACCACCGGUGGCUGCAUAUUCAACAUCGCCUCCUACUUUGCCAUUUUUGUUGCCUCCGCCAUCACCUGUGCCAUCAGCAGCAGUGCUAGGGCCUGCACCGCCUGCCCCGCCUGCCCCUUUGCCCCCUCCGCUGCCCAUCAAAUCCAAUCAGCUUUCAGAGAGGACAAAGGCUUUUCACUGGGACCUGGUGGCUCAGGAUAAGAUUGAGAAGUCAUUGUGGUCUCGCAGAAGCCUCAGGAAGAUUGAAAUUGACACCUCACGCCUGUUCGAGCUGUUUGGAGUGAAAGAGAUGGUCAGCAGUGGCAGCUCGGAGUGCAACAGUACUAUAGAAAUCAUGUUGAAUUCAAAGAUCGCCCACAAUUUCAAUAUUUUCCUCAAAAGUUUCCCCGUGCAGCCAAAAGAGCUGAAGGACAAACUGUUGAUUAUAAAUGAAGAGGAAGGCGGUCUCUCUGAUGAACAUAUCGCCUCUCUCAGGAGAUACGUGCCCACUCCGGAUGACGUGGAGAUGUAUAAAUCACAUAAAGGAGAUUCAGCUGAGCUGCACGUGGUGGAUCAGUACAUGAUGGAGAUGUGCAACAUCCCGAACCUCAGCGCUCACCUGGACCUGCUGCUCACCAUGCGAGAGCUGCCCAUCAGCAUGGAGGACCUGACGCCACUGAUUAUCCAGAAGAUCCGCAUGUGCCAGCAGCUGUGGGCUUGCGAGUCAUUUGUCAGCGUGCUGGAGUACCUGCUGGCUGUGGGCAAUUACCUCAACCAGAACGCAGGCAAGGACAGGGCCAAGGGAUUUCGCCUCUCAUCCUUAACUAAGAUUUCUCAGCUACGCGGCAACAACCGUAAGUUCACCUUGCUGCAUGCCCUUGUGGAGCAGAUCAUGUUGCGAGACCCACGUUUGGCCACCUUUUUCCUGGAGCUUGCAGAAUUCGAGACAGUUCCCGGUGCUUCGGUUAAAGGUCUGACAGCGGAGGUGGACGUUGUGAGGAAUGAAUUUCAGAAGGUCAUCCAGUACAGGAAGGCACAUAAACGGAAAAACAUGGUCAAUCACCAAAUCAAGUUCUUCCAAGACAUGAAGACGGCCAUCCAGAAACACGAGGCUGAUCUCCGACAGCUGAUGAAGAGAUGCGAGGAGAUGAGGAAGCUCUACACUGACAUAUUGGUCAGAUUCGGAGAGCCUUUGGAUCAAGACUCCCAAGAACUUUUCCGAUGGAUCUGCCAAUUUGUCAACGACUUCAAGAAAGUACACUCUGAAUACACUCAAUGAACACAAAUCUCCAUUUGGGUCUACACAAGUAAAUGCUCGCAUGUGCAGAUUUGGACCUGCUUUCUAAAGCAUUUCAAACAAUUCAUUUGUAGACAAAGACUUAUCAGCAGCAAAUGACCAAUGGGUCUCAUUUACUAAUAAUUGCAUACGUUUUUCGCAUUUUUGAGCAUGUUUGACCUUCUCAUGAAAACUUUCUGCCUAAUUCACAACGCAUGAGUGUGGUCUUAAAGGUCAUGUGAAGUGCUUUGAAAUGUGCAUUUUUUAUUCAGUGGUUGACGAUCUCUAGAGUAGCUCAUAGAGUAGCUCCUCCCCCUUUUAAAAAGCAGCCAAUAGCGUUUUGCUUUAUCACCACUCUGCCAGUGAUAGCGGUUGAGAUCAAGCACAUUAAAUUUGAAGCAUCUCGAAGGGGGAGGGGCAGGUAAGAUACUUGAGAGGAUUUGAUUGGUUAUGAUUUGAUGAGAAACUGUAGUAUGAGGUGACGUGAGUAAAGCCAUUGAUCCAUUUAGGCGAAAGCUUAACAUGUUUAUAUCAGUUUUAUAUAUUCUAAACGUGAACUUUGUCACUGUUUUGGAGCACACUAGCUUAUAGAUAUCAUAAAAACUAACAAUACUGAUACUAAUUUAUGGAAGCUUUAAAGUUCUGUUGGACUUAUCUAAAUAAGCAGUUCCAUGCAUGAGGUUAAUAAUUUGCAUAAUACAUGCCCACGCCAGCUCCAUAUUAGGGCUUUCCACUAAGCGACACUUGUCCAGAGAAAAUUAAUAUAAGAAGACAAAUGAUGAAUUAAGAAAAAACAAUAAUGGCAACGAAAAAAAUUACUUUAACGUUAUUGAACAAUUAAACACGCUGAGAACUGGAACACACUUUCAGUUCUCAAAAUGUGAGGUGCAACACACUGCAUUUUUGUGUGUUGACCCUUUUCAAAAGAGGAGAGCGCUGCAUGUUUUAUAAUUCUAGGCGACUGCUUUUUUAACAGUCUUAAUACUCAUGUGCUUUUUUUUACUUUUGUUGACUUUUUCCAACCGCAGGCACACAGAGCACUCCGUCAAAACACAAGGCGCCGCAGACGAAUGCGGAACAUGUGUGCACAAAAACACAGCGCAAAACACAUCUAUUCGACAAGCUCUUUGAUUUUGUUCCAUACAAACAAAGAGCUCUAUUUUAACGAUCUAGGGGCAAAGUCUAAAGCGCAUGGUGCAAAAGCAUUAGGGGCAUGUCCAAAUCCACAUCUGCUAUUUUAUAGAUGGAAAAAUACGCUCUGUGCCCCGGUGCAUGGUCUAACAGGGUUGUGCUUAUACUCUUAAUGAGUUCUGGGUGUGUGUUUUGAGCAUAGAGUGCAUUAAACCAAUCAGAGUCUCAUCUCACAUUCCCUUUAAGAGUCAUUUGCGUCACACCAUGGCGCAUUUGCUAUUUACAUGUCUGACUUUGUAAGAGUAAAAACUGAACGCUUCUCUAGUGAGAAAACAGCUAAACAGACCGAUAAAGAAUGAGCCUCCUCCAUUCGACCCCUUUACUUUCUUCUAUUGACUUUACUCCUUUACUUUUGUGGAUAAGGAAAUGGUGUUGUACGCACUCCACUGAAGACAUCCAUCCAUUAGCCUACAUAUUUAAUUUCGUUUAAGCGCAAAGAUUUGUUUCAAAACUAUUUCUAAAUUAUGUUAGAAUAUCUAGCAAAGGAAUAAAUGAUCAAUAAUAAUAAUAAUAUGCACAUAAAUCUGUGCUAAGGCAUGGUUAGUGAACGAGACCCAAUGUUUUCCGGAUUUUUCCCAGUGCUGCUGUUUGGUCUGAUUAAAAGUCUUGGCGAGCUGGAUCAUGCGCUUCUUUGACCCGGCCUGGAUUGAUUUUCUAGGCAGGGGUGAACGUUUACUAGUAGCACGUAUUAUUUUUGUUCUCUUAGAGUGGAUUUAUAAUGGAUCUUAGCGGCAAAUCCACAGAUGUCUGGCAUGAAAAGAAGCGUUUCUGGUUUUGACAGCCAGUUGAAUGGCUUCCAUGUGUGUCUGCUCAACCUCUAACUCUCUCUGUGGCCUUGAGCGCGUGUGUGUUUUCAGGAUGAUACAGAAUCCAAUCCUCAGUGACGAUUCAGGACAGGACAUCCACCAUUCAAAACAGAGCUUUUUCUGCAUUCAGAAAAAAGAAGAGAGGGAAUAAAAGAGGAAGAAACAAAUCUCUUUUGAAGUCUAAUUUCCUUUGCGAAACAGUGGGAUUUACAUACUCAUAACUUGUAAUCCUUUUGUAAUGAACGGUGCACGCUGUUGCAGAGACAGUUCAGACUAAGACGGAUAGUUUGACAUCAUUUGCUCAUCCUGAUGGCAUAUUUAAACCUGUAUGACUUUAGAGUUUACUUGCAGUACAAAUGGAGAUACUUGGUAAAAUGCUUAAGCUGUUUUUCCAUUUAAUGACAAAUGAUCAUGUGGAGCUAAAAAGAAUAUAUAAGUAAAAAAAAAUAAAUGAAAAACAUUUUAAAAGUCAUUA